CAGUGCAUCCUGUGCGCAAAAGUUCAGUAAUGGUGUUACAGGAAUAAUAUUCCGUUUAUUUUUCCAGAAAACAGAAAGAUUCCAUCAGAGUUCAUUUCCUUGUUCUAUUUCCAAAGACUAUGACCUCAAGCUCGCCAGACCAUCAAAAACUUGGAUGAACUUUUUUUCCCUGCACUAUCCAACAUCACAAUUGACUUUAACUGAAAAUUUUCUUCGCACCACAAUUUAAUUUCUAUUCAAAUAAAGAGCAGAAAAUAUGUUCAUCUGGGCAGGACAAUCACUUAUGAACUGCUGAAUUUUAAAAUUUCGGGAAUGAAUUAUAAGAGAAAUAAUGGCAAAUCCGUGUUUGAGAGCGUGUUCUCGACCGAUUUUUUGCCAAAAAUCAGGGAGGAAGGUAUCGCACAAGAAAUACCAACUCACGACAAUAUUCAGCGGUUUUUUUUUCAUUGUUGGUGUGAUCCUCUUGUUUGAAUGUGAGUGGGAGGCAGGGGAUGUGAACACAAGAGCUGAUCAACUUCUGAAGUCAAUUGUUUCCCUUCCAUCUCCAAGAGUUUACCCAGAGAAUGAGGGUCUCCUCGUGCAUGUGACCGGGAUUGUUGAUGUUGACGAACCUCUAACAGAAGUUGAGUACAGUGUCUCUGUGCCAGCCGUUAAGUUGAAACGACGGGUCCAGAUGUAUCAGUGGGUUGAAGAAAAGGAUUCAAUAUCACGUGUGAAUGAGCUGAGUUUAUCUCGGGAAUACUUCACCGAAUGGCGUGAUAAAAUAGUUAACAGUACAAAGUUUAUAGAGCCUUACGGACAUGAAAAUCCUAAGUCCAUACCAUUAAAUACAACAAUUUAUGUGAGCGAUAUCGUUUCUCUCGGAGAAUUCACUCUCAGUUCAGAGCUGAAGGAUAUGUUUUCAAAUUGGGUUCAAAUUACUGGUGAUCAGCGGCCAGAGCGAAAUGAUGUAAAGCUUCAUGCAGGGCUCUAUUAUCACUCAAUGGAUGUUUGGGAACCAGAAGUCGGGGAUAUUCGAUUACAGUUCUCUUAUGCUGGGUUGGCAGGAGAUUUGGUGACUUUUAUUGCACAACAACACAAAAAUGAGCUGAGGCCCUUCUGGAACGAAAGCGUAACUCAAAGAGAUUUGAGCUUGCUGGCUUACGGUAGAAAAUCGGUGGAGGAAAUGUUCAACAUACUCCAUCGAGAACAAACAUGGCAGACAAGGGUAAAGAGGAGCCUUUGCUGUGUUCUUUUAUAUUGUGGAAUGACUGGCAUAUCUCAAAUCAUUAAAAUGAUCGUCUGCCCUAAUCGAAAAAUUGAGUAUGUGUCUCCUUACUCGAUCAUCAUGCUGAUUUUAGGAUCUGCGUGGCUAUACUACUAUCCCGUUUUGAGCUCAAUUUUGAUAGCUGGUGCAGUGUUUCUUGUUGUACCUUUCUUCCCCUUCAGCAGAUCUCAAACUGUGGACCCUGAUAAUGCAGCACAGUACCAAUACCUUUGAAUCGGACUUAAUAAAGAUGUUCCUGUUUGUACUAACUUGAAUGAAAAUAUUCUUUGCUGCAUAGAGGAGAUUUGAUAUGAGAGCUAUGAAAAGUAAUUUAAAAUUCUUCGAUUUCUUGUUUCCCAUUCUUUACAGAUUAUAAACUAACUUUAAUGUCUGUAGGUCCUUCACCUAGGAAUUGAUUGUUUAUGUAAUUCCAGGACAAAUUCGUAAUUGAAACGCACACACGGUGGAGAAACCUGCCCUCUCUUUUUAGCAGCAGAUAUGUGUUUGCUGCUACUUUGAGCAGUUAGUCCUGCAUUUUGUGCCACCAAAUAAUUUGAAAACCCAACGACUUGUAGCAACAAAAGGUUUGAAAACUGAAAGUAACUAUAUUGAAUCGACAGACAAGUAUUCAACUGACACAGUUAAGUUACAAGGAAAAAUCAUUUUUAUGCCACUUACACAGAAAUUUGGUUUCGAUAUUUGAGGACUUUUUCCAUUAAAAGACGUACAAGGUACCCAAUGCUGCUAAGAUUGUGCGAAGUAGUUCUUUCAUUACAAGUAACCUAUUUAAAAGCUUUGCAUCAAAUUAUUCCCAGAAUCUGCUCUGAAUUUUUUCUCACUACUGUGUGGAGGGAAGUUGACAAUAAAUGAGUUUCAUAAUCUGCAAACGAUGUGAAAAAUUGCAUAAUAUUAGCAGCAUUGCAAGCCUCAUCCACCCAUUUACCAAAGAAAUUCUCAUUUCAUUUUCUUAAAUCAGAACAUUCAGCCUCUGCUGAUAACUGAAAAAUGAUGCUCUGAAGCCUUUCCGACAGAAAAUUUUAAAUUAAAGACUUGAAACGUUACAUCUAUGAGCUAAAAUGGUCAUACUUUCGAGUCUAGUGCCAGCACAUAUGGUUUCCUUGACUCUUCAGUCAUGGUAUACUUUUUAAAGAACGAUCAUGUUUCUUUUUCUCGUAUUACCGUAUAUAUCGUAAUCUCGUAUAUACCAUUAUCUUAAAUGUAGUUACAGCUGAGUCAGCGAUCUCCAUUACAUGAUAACAUUAGACUAUGUUUUAUUACAGUGUUGAUGAAAAUAUGUACCAAUGUUUUUUUUAAAAAACUUUUAUUUCAAUAAAUUGUUAAUUAACAUUC